AUGGCGACCACGGCAGCCGACGCCACGGCCGCGGUUCCCAAGGAGCAGCAGCCCGCCAACGGUUCCGCGGCCGCCACCACCGGCGGCGAGCAGGUCACGCGCCACUCCGAGGUCGGACACAAGAGCCUGCUCCAGAGCGACGCCCUCUACCAGUACAUCCUGGAGACGAGCGUGUACCCGCGCGAGCACGAGUGCAUGAAGGAGCUCCGCGAGAUCACCGCCAACCACCCAUGGAACCUGAUGACGACGUCGGCGGACGAGGGCCAGUUCCUCAACAUGCUGCUCAAGCUCAUCGGCGCCAAGAAGACCAUGGAGAUCGGCGUCUACACCGGCUACUCCCUGCUCGCCACCGCGCUCGCCAUCCCCGACGACGGCACCGUAAUGGCCAUGGACAUCAACCGCGAGAACUACGAGCUGGGGCUGCCGUGCAUCGAGAAGGCCGGCGUGGCGCACAAGAUCGACUUCCGCGAGGGCCCGGCGCUGCCCGUCCUGGACGCGCUGCUGGAGGACGAGGCCAACCACGGGACCUUCGACUUCGUCUUCGUGGACGCCGACAAGGACAACUACCUCAACUACCACGAGCGCCUCAUGAAGCUCGUCAAGGUCGGCGGCCUCCUCGGCUACGACAACACCCUCUGGAACGGCUCCGUCGUGCUCCCCGCCGACGCCCCCAUGCGCAAGUACAUCCGCUACUACCGCGACUUCGUCCUCGAGCUCAACAAGGCCCUCGCCGCCGACCAGCGCGUCGAGAUCUGCCAGCUCCCCGUCGGCGACGGCAUCACCCUCUGCCGCCGCGCCAAGUGA